GGAACAAAGCGCAAAGAUGGAAAUUAUUUGUCCGAUGAAUCUGUCAGGAGACCAGGUGACACCAAGGGCAAAAGGAACUCAAAAGCCUACCGAUUCACCGGAAGUAACAGAUAUGCAUUUGCUAAGAAUCUCACAGGAACUCCUUCCGGAUCAUUUCUCCGCUCUGCACCUUACUCUGGGGAUCAAACCAAGUAUUGCACAAGGGAUCCUAACGCAGAAGAUAAAUGACUAUCCAGAUACAUACAUGCACCUUCUACAGCUGUGGAAGACAGAAUCCCAUAGGACCCUGAGAGACCUGGACCAGGUUCUUGUUGAGUCUAGGGCCGGUGGUCUUAGAUCCAAGUAUAAAUAAGAGCAAACUAAGAUAGAACAUCUAAUUACACUGUGUUGUUGACAGUGAAGGUGACUGUUCAUUUGUUUGCUGCAGAAGAAAUUGUGA